UAUAGCGCUCAUACAACGACCAGUCUGCGCUCAGACAAUCACAGUCCGUAGCAAUGCGCAUCAGCGCUGCUAGAUCAAUAUGGUCCUCUUGCGCUCUAGGAACUGCUGAGCGGAGGCCCAUCUUGUCUCACCCAAGUUCAAUUGGUCGCCGAUAUAUACAGAUCACCGACUCUCCCGCGACAAGACAGUCUCCAGAGCCAGAGCUUCCUUCACAACCUUAUCAACUCUCUCCUGAGCCUGGACCAGAUGCACGCUUCGAAGUCCUCGGCGCACCGUACUCUUUACUAUCCGUACAGCUCUCCGCUUCGCAGAAUCUCUACACCCAACGCGGGACUCUGAUAGCUGUGACAGGGCAGGCUGAAAAUGCGGUCUCAACACUUUCUCUAUUAGAACCUUUCAGACGUGCCCUCGUUGGCAUUCCUUUUCUUUACCAGAAAAUAUCUUCUACGUCCCCAAUUACCGCCCUCAUAUCCCCGAAAUCGCCAAUAUCCUCGGCGUCGGUGAUACAUCUGGAUGGGAGACGAGACUGGAUAGUCGCGCAAAGGAACGCACUCAUAGCAUGGACAGGGCACGACCUAUCAGUGAAGCCCAAGAUCAAUACGAAAAUGAGCAUUUCCCAUUGGGGCAAUUCACACAUCAGCGGACGAGGCCUUCUCGCGCUAGCAGGAAGCGGAAACAUUUACCAAAUUCAGCUCAAAGCCGGCGAGCAGUAUGUCGUGCACCCAGCGAACGUAAUCGCUUAUAGUGUAUCGCGCAACUUGCCGCAGCCAUAUAGAUUCAAAUCCAACAUUCUGCGAUUUCAAGUCCCGACCGCGUCACUUGGCCGCUUUGUACCUGAUAACAAAUUUUUCCGUACUAUCGGAGAAUCACCGACGUGGAGGUAUAUCCGGUCGAUGUUCUUCGUACUGCGAACGUGGGCGCGGCGGACGAUUUGGGGUGACCGAUUAUUUCUGCAGUUCACAGGACCGACGAGCAUUCUAUUACAAUCACGUGGAUCAAGAUUGACGGACGUUCUGACAACGAGGGAUGUAAUUGAGAUUGGCGAUAGCCCGCCUGGAGUUGUGUAUGAUAUUGUCCAUAAAGAGGCGGGACACGGCUCCUCGGAUGAGGUUGCGAAGGACGCGCCGCUGAAGGAGACUGUUCGUUUCGCUAAUGUGGGAAAUGAUGGCAAAGUGGACUUCAAGAAAGACUAGAUCAUGAUGCCUGAUCAGGCCUAUGUAGCAAUAGAAUUGUGACUAUACCAGCGC